GGUUAAUUAAGCUGAACCAGCAGGCCCCGCAGUGCAGCUCCUAUAACAGCGGAGGUUUCUCGGAUCGAUCUGAUCGUAUGAGGAGUCAAACAGAGACUCUGGGAGGAAAAGCUUUGGACCAUAAAACUAUCUGAGGAGAGCUGGAGCCGGUGUGUGUCUCCUGCAGGAUGCUGCCUCGGCGGAUGCUGUGGGGCGCUGUGACUCGUCAGGUGGCACCGCGGCUGACCUACAGCACUGCUGCACAGCCGCAGGCGAAGCCAAAAAAGACCAAGUUUGGCCCUCUGAGUGACGAAGACCGGAUAUUCACCAACUUAUAUGGCCGGCAUGACUGGAGACUCAAGGGCUCCCUCAAACGAGGAGACUGGUACAAGACUAAAGAGAUCAUCCUGAAGGGACCCGACUGGAUCCUGAACGAGGUGAAAAUCUCCGGGCUUCGAGGCAGAGGAGGAGCAGGCUUCCCCACCGGCAUGAAGUGGAGCUUCAUGAACAAACCCAGCGGUGGCAGGCCAAAGUACCUGGUGGUGAACGCUGAUGAGGGGGAGCCAGGGACAUGUAAAGACCGUGAGAUAAUGCGUCACGACCCUCAUAAACUAAUAGAAGGCUGUCUGAUCGCUGGGAGAGCCAUGGGCGCUCGUGCUGCGUACAUCUACAUCAGAGGAGAGUUUUACAACGAGUCAUCAAAUCUUCAGGUGGCUAUCAAUGAGGCAUACAAAGCAAAGCUGAUAGGGAAGAAUGCCUGCGGAUCUGGGUAUGACUUUGAUGUGUUUGUGAUGCGGGGAGCCGGAGCCUACAUCUGUGGGGAGGAGACAGCCCUCAUCGAGUCUCUUGAAGGCAAACAAGGGAAGCCCAGGCUCAAACCGCCAUUCCCUGCAGACAUAGGGGUGUUUGGAUGCCCGACAACAGUUUCCAACGUGGAGACGGUUGCUGUGGCACCUGCGAUCUGUCGUCGUGGCGGAGCUUGGUUCGCCAGCUUUGGGAGGGAGAGGAACUCUGGGACGAAGCUGUUCAACAUCUCCGGUCACGUGAACACACCAUGCACCGUGGAGGAGGAGAUGUCUAUUCCUCUGAGGGAGCUAAUAGAGAGACACGCAGGAGGAGUGAGGGGCGGCUGGGACAAUCUAUUAGGAGUGAUCCCAGGGGGGUCCUCCACUCCCAUCAUCCCUCGGCACGUGUGCGAUGAUGUUUUGAUGGAUUUUGAUGACCUGGUCCGUGCAGAGACGGCACUGGGAACUGCUGCUGUCAUAGUUAUGGAUAAAUCGACUGAUGUGAUCCGAGCCAUCGCACGCCUGGUUGAGUUCUACAAACAUGAGAGCUGUGGCCAGUGCACCCCCUGCAGGGAAGGAGUCGACUGGAUGGACAAAAUGAUGUGGAGGUUUGUUCGAGGAGAAGCAGCAGCUUCAGAGAUCGACAUGAUCUGGGAGCUGAGCAAACAGAUAGAGGGACACACCAUCUGUGCCCUGGGAGACGGAGCUGCCUGGCCUGUGCAGGGACUGAUCCGCCACUUCAGGCCCGUCAUGGAGCGCCGCAUUGCUCAGUAUAACAAGAAAAACCCUCCGAGAGAGCCGGUGAUUGAGAUGAUCUGAAACUGUGCAGGGGUCCAUUUCAACAGCAACACUAGCUCAUUGUACUGUACGGCAUUGUGUAUACUAUUUUUUAAUAUAGUUUUUAGAUAUGAAAGUAAUUCUGUACUAUUUAAGAAUUCACACUGCAAGUUCUUCUGCUUAAAAUUAAAAUUUCUCCCAACUUUAAAAACUGUGAUCAUUGCCGAUCCCUCACAGGCGACAUGUUCUUUCAAGGGUUUUCAUGAGAGGGUAAGUGGUUUAUUUUUGUCAUGUUAUUCUGCAGCAAGUUGGUCACUUAAACCAGUAUGUAUUUUGGCAGGCAGAGCUGUGGACAGAUGUGACCGACUCCAUCUCUGAACAGACUUUGAGGAAAAAACAUCUAAUGAAGAAUCACAAAGCUCAAAACACAGCAAUAAAUUAAGUUUAUUUAUUUCAUAAAAGCAUGAAAUAAAUUCAAUAGGUUUACUACAUAUUAGUCCAACAUGAUCUGUACAAAAAGACCAGAAUAGGAAAGAAUGAUGUCACAGACUCGGACAGGGAGAAAGGAAAGCAAAGAAGGUGACAGAGUACAGAAAGCUGUACUUGGGAUAAAAUGAAAAGUGGUCGGUGAUGUGCAACAUCAUUGCCUUAUGAGAUUGUUUUAUAUUCAAACACUUCACCUGGCGUCGGUGGUCAAACCAAUCCACAUAAACCUGAAGGCAGAAAUCGCUCAUCUGACCAGCUAUACAUCCACAAAAUAGUUUGGAGUAUCAGUCCUGCAAAUGUUCAUCUUCAAACUAUAAUGUGUGCACCAAAAGAAACAAA